AUGGGUCAAUCACAGUCAGCAAAAUUCGAAAAAUUAUUUAAACUAAUUUGUACAAAUAAUAUUGAUGAAUUACGACGACAAAUACGUUUAUGUUCAUCAUCAGAACAAACAAUCAAUUUCGUAAAUUUAACCGAUGGUGAUAAAGCAGCAACAUUAUUAAUGUAUGCAGCAUUUUAUGGAAAUAAAAAUAUAUGUCAAUUAUUAAUUGAAUCAGGUGCAAAUAUUUCUAAUCGAGAUAAAGAUGGACGAAAUGUACUUUAUUAUGCUGUUACUAGUCAAGCAUAUAAUGUUGUGAAAUAUUUAAUUGAAAAUGUGAUUACAGAUCUUGAUAAUGAUUUACAACAGAAUUUUAUUAAUAAUAAAGAUUAUGCUGAAGAAACAUGUUUACAUGAAGCUGUUAAAGUUCAUGCAACAUCUAGCAUAGAAAUUCUUCUUAAAUGUAACAUUGAUGUGAAUGUUGUUAAUAGUGGUGGUAUUACUGCUCUUCAUCGUGCUGUUGAUCUUGGUCAUCAAGAUAUUGUUCAACUUUUAUUGAAAUGUAAAGCUGACCCAAAUACAAAAGAUGCAUCAGGUUGGACACCAUUACAUGUUGCAUCAGCACAUAAUGAUAUUGAACUUGUUCGUUUACUUAUAAAUCGUGGUGCACAUCUUAAUAUAACAGAUCAUCAAGGACAUUCACCUCUUAAAUGGGCACGUGAAACUGGUUCACGUGAAGUCUUUUCAUAUCUUAAAAGUCAAGGAGCAAAAGAAUUUGAUGCAUCGCAACCACAACAACAACAACGUUCAAGUAAAAAAAGUAUUAAUAUUUGA